AACUGUUAUCUGUAUGACUAGAUGUGGAUGUUGACUGGGCGUCACCCUCAGUGUCCACUAAACCCAGCACCAGCCGACACAGACAUCCAUCCAGCAGGACCACCAGAACAGCAGCAGAGGAUGUCCCGUCACACCAGACCAUCCCUACUGCACAUGUGACUCCAACAACCCCGGUUGAACCCAAGCACCACCCCAGAGACUCGCUUCACAAACGGACCAAUCAUGUCAGCUCUCCUGAACCCGACCUUGCAAAGCACCGCGGGAAGGUCGUAGCAGACCUUCCCGAGAGCAAACAUUCCAAGGAGAACAACGACAAGCGCGUGAUUGACUUUGACGAGACGUGCAAGGACUUCAAGAUGCCCAACCUGGAGCACACCAUGAACAUGACCAGCCACUUUACUGUCCUUCCCGCGGAACAAACCUUCAACAAGUCACGCUUCGAACAACCAGCAGAUCUUAGCAACAACCACCUACCACAUAGCACCGGUCCUAACCAAUCAAAACACUCCAGCUAUGCAAAUCAGGCUGUCAGUUACCAUGGCAACCACCAGCAGCAACCAAUGCCGGCCUUCCCUCAACAGCAAAGACUCUACGAUCCCAGUAGUUACGCCUUCCCUAGUGCAAAUACCUCGGCUAGAACCAGCUACCUCAGCCUACCCAAUGCCUUAGGGGACCGCAGCCCUCCCAACCCGGAAGCUACUUCGUCUUACAUUCCCAACAGCGCCCCCUAUCACUCUGGCAGUAACUUGCAGGUGCCUAAUCUGUACGUGCAGCCGGGCGGGUUGCAGUUGUCUCCGGAAAGCAAUGUCUCCCCCGUGCACCCAGCCGGUGGUUUCUCCCAGCAUGGGCUCCCCCAGGAGAACAUGGCAGGUGUUCCAGGCUUCAAGGCGCCAGACCUGACCCAGUGGCAGCAGGUGCAGCAGCUGCAGCUGAACCAGCACCUGGAGCACCUGGAACAGCAGAAAAGGGAGCUGCUGCAACAGCAACAGGUCUACUCCGGCCAGUCCUCACCCCAGUACCCUUCAUCCAACAACGGUCUAAACAAUGACCCGGGACGGUGGGACGCUCUGGUCAAGGUCAAGGACGCCAUCCUCAAGGAGAAGGACAACAUCAUCUACAAGCAGAAGCAGCAGCUGGCUCAGUUCCAGCGCCAGUCCCGGGAACAAGACAUUCGUCUGCGCACAACGCUGCGACGGACACCGGGAGAAGAGGACGCCUUCAACCUCAAACUACAGGUGAGUUAGGAGACUGAGUAUGAGAUGCAGCAGCUACAGGAGGCCGUCAAACAGUCAUCACAGGAGGAGAGACACGAGGUCACACGGCUACAGAACAAGCUGAAGGACAGAGAUAAGAUGGUCGGGGACCUGAAGAAGAAGAUGAAACAUGCGAUGGAGAAGUAUGACAAGUAUAAGAAACGUGUGGAGAGUCUGGAGAGAUAUCUGGGAGACCUUCCCACUCAGGAGGAAGCAAAGAAGAGAGCUGACCAGCUCCAGACCAGUAAGGAAGAGGUGUCCCAGCUGAGAGAAAGGGUCGUCGACCUAGAGGACAAACUCAGCCUGACCAGGAAGGAUAACAAACAAAAGGAUGCCGCAGUGGACAGCCUGGAGCAGAAGGAACAGGAGCUGGUUUCCAUAGUUGCCAGUCUGCAGAAAGAGCUGGCGAGAUGGAGAGACCGAGGGAAGCAGGAGGAGAGAGAUGCAGCCAGCCAGGAGGAUGUGGAGGAACUGAAGUUUGAGAACGACAGACUGAGAGAAGACUGCGACAGGGCCAAGAAGCUCCUUGAGAGUAAGCACAAGAAAAUGAAGGCCCUGCAGUCCCAGCACCAGACAGAUCAGGAGAGGCUGGAGGAGCGGGUGGCUCAGGAGGAGGGCGUGGUCACGGCGCUGAGGGAGGAGAUCCGAGGCAAGGACGAGGCCACGCGCAAACUCAGGGACUCCAUGAAGGAGCUGGCCUCUCAGAACCAGGACCUGUUGGAGCAGACCCUGACCCUGCAGGAACAGCUGCAGGAGCUGCAGCGGCUGAACUCUGCAGAGAACACGAAGCUGUCCCAGCGGCUGUACCGGGAGCUGGGCGUGUGCCAGUCGGAGCUGCAGGCCCUCGUACAGGUCCUCAUGCAGCGCGCGGAGGGGAAGGAACCAAACAUGUCCAUUCUACUGGGACUGAAAGAACCGUCGACACCACCUGAUGAUGACCAGCAGGGGCAGAACGGACACAACCUGAAGACCAAACUGGCGCAGAUCCGGGAGCUGCGGAAGGAAGUGGACCACCUGCGCUCCCUCAUCUCUAACAAGUACGCAGAGGACAUGGGAGACAACUGCAUCAUGCAGUAACCUGCACACCCCUGCUGCAAUAGUGGUAUCUUCCAGGGGUCCAUCAUUGGCAGUGUUUACCUGUUUAGAAUGGUCCACUUCUUGGACAGGCAGGGUGUCUAUAUUGGGGACUCAUCAUUGACAUAAAUGACAUGGGAGACAACUGCAUCAUGCAGUAACCCUGACACUCCCCUGCUGCAAUAGUGGUAUCUUACAGGGGUCCAUCAUUGGCAGUGUUAACCUGAUUGGAACGAUCCACUUCUAGCACAGGCAGGGUGGCUAUUUUGAGGGCUCAUCUUUGAGAUAAAAUCAAACUACUGGUACUGUCACAUGUUAUAGCUUUUCUAUUUAUGAUGAACAGAAAUCAGUCAAGUCCUGGUUUAUCUUUUGCACAUAUCAUUUGGGACAGCACUUACAGAUCUAAAUACACUUUUUUCUCCAACAAAUAUGAGUAUUUGCUGUGUUGAGAUCACUUCAGACAACUGUUGGGUUGAACCAAGUGCUUCUGUGUUAUCAGAAUAAUAGGUGUUAUCAUGAUAAGAUAAGAUUCACUGUUAGACUCAACCUUUCUUAAUGGCAGCUAUGAGGAAUAGAUUUGUACAAUGAUACAGUACUUGUUAAUGUGUACAUGUGAUUUGUAACCUACAUGUAUUACUUGUUAAGGUGUCUUUUUGGCACCAAAUUUGUAUGUAUCACAUAGUUAGGUAGCAGGGUGAUAUAACUGAAUAUGGCAGGACCAAACAAUAGUAGUAUGUAAUAAUAGAAAUGAAUGAGCACAGAAACUGUAAUUUUGUCAUGUGUGUAACUUUUUUGUAUGUCAGGCAACAGUUCAACUUCUACAUUAAAGCUGACUUUUUUGACCUUUUUCCUGCUAAGGGUAGCCUGGAUGGCAUCCUCUGAAGUUUCCGCCGGCUCCCUAAUUUUUGGCUUGCUACCACGGAAGCCAGCAACAGUAGGGAGCUGGUAGAAACUUCAGAGGUUGGCAGCCAGGCUAUGGCUAUGCUAAGGGUGCUGCAGGCCCCAAAUUUGCAUUGAUUUUAGGAGGCAUUGAGACCUUUUCUCUUGACAAUGUGUAUCUCCAUAGGAUAACGUUAAUAGAAUCAGCAAUACCAGGCCAGCAAAAAAUCAUGUGGAUUUCUGCAGGAUUCAGUACUGUACAUUGUAUCUGUGAGAUGUGCUAUAUAACUCAGGCAACUGUUGUUUUAGUUAGGGAGUAACAUGGCUGGACCACCGACUAACUGAUUAAACACCC